AUGGAAAAAAUAGAAGAAUUAAAUAAAGCCUGGUUGCUCCCAAAUGAUCAAUGGAUAGUCGAUGCCACUAAAGAGUUGCUCAAGAGUAAUUACAAAAAUGAUCAAUUACAAACCAAGAUGAUUUCGAUCAUUGACUUUCUUUUUAACUAUUACUGCGGCCAUAAUAAAAACUAUAAAGUGUUUGAUAUCGAACCAUUAAAAAGGGAAUUUAUACUAUUGACACAAUCUAAAAACAAUUAUUAA